AUGAAUCUCGGAGAGGACGAAGAAUUUAGUGGAUUGUGGACGUCGAGAGAUCCCUACUCUCGAUUUUCGAUCUGGGGAUGCUUUUGCGUCCGUGAAGGGUUAAAAGGCGUGAUUUUGGCGGUUCAGGCGAAGCUAGGGUUUCUGGAGCUUGGAAAUAAUGAAUCGUGUGUGGUAAAUUGGGUGUUACUCUCACGAAUUGGUGGUUAUUUCUUUUACAGUUUUGGGAUGAAUCGAAGUUUUCGGGCAUUUGAGAAGGGGCAAAUGGGGAGCCUGAGAUUUAAGGAUAACAGGGACGAGGAUUUGGCAUUAUUUCGUGAAAUGCGAAAGCGUGAGAAGGAAAGAAAUGAUCUUCUUCUUCAGAAUGCGGAUGAGUUUGAGGCUCCACUUGGACAUGGCACUUCUCCAAUAUUUAAUAUACCUUCGGCUACGUCUGCGCCUGUCCGAAAGACUGGUCCUGAUGAUUUUCUCAAUUCUGAAAAUGAUAAAAAUGACUAUGACUGGCUUUUGACACCUCCCGGUACUCCCCUGUUCCCCUCACUGGAGAUGGAACAACACAAAACUGUUGCGAGCCAGCUCGGAACUCCAAAAGCUCGACCUACAGCUCUGAAGUCUAGAUUAGCCAAUUCCCAGCCGGAGCCCACCUCCAGAAGCAAUCUAUCUCGCCGGCCGUCUUCCUCCGGCGGGCCCGGGUCAAGACCUUCGACUCCAACGGGACGUCCAACUUUGACCUCAACAUCCCGGCCCACAUCCAACAAGCCCGUGGUGGCUUCAUCCAAGCCCACGGCCACCUCAGCCAUCUCAUCCCGAUCAGCACCAGUCGCCACAUCAUCAUCAAAACCCUCGAGAUCCUCAACCCCCACCACCUCUCGUCCCACAAUCUCCUCGUCAAGACCUGCCGCGAGAUCCUCGACCCCCACCUCGAGACUACCCACUGCCGCCCGUUCCUCGACCCCGACUAGAUCAACGGGCCCCACCACCACCGCCCCUACGGCAAGAUCCACUUCCCGGGCCUCGACCCCGACCCGCCGGCCCGCAAACGGUACUCCCGCCCCAACCCAGCCCAAAUCCCCGACCGUCCGGCCCAAGAUGUGGAAGCCCUCGGAAAUGCCCGGUUUCUCGCUCGACGCCCCUCCCAACCUGAGGACUUCGAUAGCCGACCGGCCGCCAUCUGCGGCCCGAGGCCGACCUGGGCCCGGCCCGGGCCAACGAUCUUCGUCAGUCGAGCGGGUCAGGCGGCAGUCGUGCUCUCCGGCGAGGGGACGCCCGGCGAAUACCAUCUCUUCCCGGAGCAGCGGGAGCUCGGUGCCAGUGCCAGGCUUGAGCCGGCUGCAUGCCAAGGCGAACGAUAAUGUCAGCCCUGUGCUCGUCGGGACUAAGAUGGUGGAGAGAGUUAUAAAUAUGAGAAAACUCGCCCCACCAAAACAGGAUGUUAUUAAGAAUUCGAAUUCACCACAUGGUAAUUUAUCGGGAAAAUCUUCGUCAUCUCCCGACAGCUCAGGGUUUGGGAGAACGCUUUCGAAGAAAUCUUUGGAUAUGGCGAUUAGACACAUGGAUAUAAGGCGAACGAUUCCAGGUAAUCUAAGGCCUCUGAUGACGAAUAUUCCUGCAUCGUCUAUGUAUAGCGUUCGAGCAGGGCCCACGAGGAGAACUGUCAGUGUAUCGGAUUCUCCACUUGCGACGAGUAGCAACGCGAGCUCUGAAGUGAGUGUCAAUAACGGGCAUGAGGUGGACGAUGAUGUCAGCAGCAAUAAGGGGAUUCGGUCAGCGGCCAGCUUACGUGGGAGGUGA